CUCGCCUCUCGCCCCCCUCGCGACUGAUCUCCAGUCUCAUACUCUUCGCCACAUCUCGGCUCCGAUCGUCCGCGCCUGCCCUGCCCCGCUCCACGCCGCCUUCCUAUCCGCUUAAUUUCACUAGUCAUGUCCUCUGAAGAUGCAAGUAGCCAAGUGAGGCCUGAAGGAAAUGUUUCUAGUGAAAAGGUAGAAGAAACUCAAGACCAGAAUGAUGGCAGUGGGAUGCCCUCGCCCAAAGAGGAGGAGGCAGCAAUCAAGAAAAAAUAUGGAGGAAGGAUGCCCAAAAAGUCACCACUUAUAUCUAAGGACCAGGAACGAGCUUUCUUUGACUCUGCUGAUUGGGCUUUAGGGAAGCAAGGUGGAGGUGCCAGCAAGCCUAAAGGGCCCCUCGAAGCUCUUCGACCAAAACUUCAGCCUACUCAACAAAAUGCACGUGCCCGGCGAUCUUCUUACGCAUCUGCAGACAAUGAUGAGAGCUUGAGUCUGCCUGCCGAGGAGUUGAUGCAGAACGAUGGCCCAGCUGAAGACAAGAAUCAGGAAUAAGUACUAUCCGCCCCACGCUUCUUAUGCGGAAUGUUUUCGCUGUACUCCUGACAAAACUUUGACAUGGUAAUAUAAUAAUUAGCGCCGGUGCC